CCACUCUCACUCCCCGGGCUCCAUGGCGGCAGCGGUGCCAUUCAGUGAAUGGUCUUGCGGCCGAUGCACCUUCCUGAACACGGGGGCGGCGCCGCGCUGUUCCAUCUGCGAGGCACCGCGCCAGAAGCCCGACCUCAACCAGAUCCUGAGGCUGAGCAGCACCGAAGAGCAGCAACGCUGGGCCUGCCCCCGCUGCACCCUCAAAAACCCCCAGGGCUCCGGCGCCUGCACCGUCUGUGGCUUCGGAUCCUCACCAGGCACCCCCACGCCGACCACAACCAUGGCUGCCAUCACCAAUGGCCUCCUGCCCAUGCAGCCGGAGACUCCGACACCGGUCAUGACUCCCACUGUUCUCCUGGAGCCCCGCGGGCAGCAGCCUGCCAAGGAGGAGGCAUUGAGGAGGUCAGAGAGCAACGGGGAGGUGGAUGGACCAGGUGGACCCGAGGGGCAGCAACACCACCACUUGGGCUGGACGUGCCCGCGAUGCACGCUUCAUAAUACUCCUGUUGCAUUGUCGUGUUCGGCCUGCGGGGGACCAAGGAAACUGUCACUGCCCAAGAUCCCCCCUGAGGCGUUGGUGGUGCCUGAGGUGCGCACGCCUGUGCUAGGGUUUCCCGUCCAUGUGGCAGGGCCCCCCCCCGCUCCUCAUUGACUUGACGGAUGACUCGCCCCCCGCAGCCGCCCCCUGUGAACCCCAGGAACCUCCCCACACCCACUUGCCCCCACCGCCACUCUCCUCCCCUUUCACGCCCUUCUCCUCUCUCCAGAACAACCCAGUGCCCCGCAGCAGGAGAGAGGUGCCCCCAGCGGGGCGUCCGCCCAACUCUAACCCCAAUGCCCUCAGCCCAACUUCGCCCUCCACGGCCUGCUUGCCGCCCCAGCACUGCCCUCCCCUCCGCCCUGCCAAGCCCAAGCAAGCCCAGCCCCAGGAGCCCUCCUUCCCCAGCAAGCGCCUCAGCAUCCUGGAGGAAGGGGACGGCACCAACCCCCAUCACACCUCCCACACCCCCGUCACAUCGCCAACAACCUGGAAGUGCCCCGGAUGCUCCCUGCCCAACCUGAGCGGCUCGUCCAAGUGCGAGGCAUGCCACUCGUCGCAGGCCGGCGCCGACCUCAUCAACCUGGUGGGCUGCGAGUCGGUGCGCUUCACACCAGCCAACCCCUCCAGUCCGGACUCCAGCACCUGGGCCUGCUCCAAGUGUACCCUACGCAACCCCACCGGGAUGACCAAGUGCUCAGCCUGCUGCACCUCCAAGCUGCACGGCUUCCAGGAGCCUAGUUCUCGCUGCUGCCCGCACUGCAGCCUCCCCGGCCCAUGCUCCUGCUCCUCAGCCUCCUCCUCAUCGUCUUCUGGACACAAGGCCCGAAAACAGGCCCGGGUCUACCCCUUGAUCUCGGCCACCAACACCACCUCCUCUUCCUCCUCAUCCUCGUCCUCCUCUUCCUCGUGCACACUGCUGCAGGAGAAGCAGUGGGGCUGUCCGGCGUGUACGCUGCUCAACGACAUCAAGUCGAAGAACUGCGCGGCAUGCCACACGCCCCAGCAGUACCUGACACUGCGCAAGGUGGCCAAGCCACUUAAGAGGAGGGGGAGCAUGCAUGUAGAGGCGAGGCGGCGCAACGACGAGGGUGAAGCCAAGGAACUCUGGGAGAACAUCACUACCUUCUGUCGA